CGACGGACGGAGACUAUGGCUGCGGCGGCGGGCGGCGGCGGGCUGGGGGCUGCGGCGGGCGCCGCGGGCGCGGGAGGCGCGGCGGCGGCCGCGGGCCUGGCCGUUUAUCGGCGGAAGGACGGUGGCCCGGCCAGCAAGUUUUGGGAGAGCCCGGAGACGGUGUCCCAGCUGGAUUCGGUGCGGGUCUGGCUGGGCAAGCACUACAAGAAGUAUGUUCACGCGGAUGCUCCUACCAACAAAACGCUGGCUGGGCUAGUGGUGCAGCUUCUUCAGUUCCAGGAAGAUGCCUUUGGGAAGCAUGUUACCAAUCCGGCCUUCACCAAACUCCCGGCAAAAUGUUUCAUGGAUUUCAAAGCUGGAGGCACCUUGUGUCACAUUCUUGGGGCUGCUUACAAGUAUAAAAAUGAACAGGGAUGGCGUAGGUUUGAUCUACAGAAUCCAUCCCGAAUGGAUCGGAAUGUUGAAAUGUUUAUGAACAUUGAGAAAACGUUGGUGCAGAACAAUUGUCUGACCAGACCCAACAUCUACCUCAUUCCAGACAUUGAUCUGAAGUUGGCUAACAAAUUGAAGGAUAUUAUCAAACGACAUCAGGGGACUUUUACUGAUGAGAAGUCAAAAGCUUCCCACCACAUUUAUCCAUAUCCUUCCUCACAAGAGGAUGAAGAAUGGUUGAGACCGGUGAUGAGAAAAGAUAAGCAGGUGUUAGUGCAUUGGGGGUUUUACCCAGACAGCUAUGAUACUUGGGUCCAUAGUAAUGAUGUUGAUGCGGAAAUUGAAGAUCCACCAAUUCCAGAAAAGCCGUGGAAGGUUCAUGCGAAAUGGAUUUUGGACACUGAUGUUUUCAAUGAAUGGAUGAAUGAGGAGGAUUAUGAGGUGGAUGAGAACAGGAAGCCCGUGAGCUUUCGUCAGCGAAUUUCAACAAAGAAUGAAGAGCCAGUCAGAAGUCCAGAGAGGAGAGAUAGGAAAGCAUCAGCUAAUGCUCGAAAGAGGAAACAUUCGCCUUCCCCUCCGCCUCCUACACCCGCAGAAUCCCGGAAGAAGAGUGGAAAGAAAGGCCAAGCUAGUCUUUAUGGGAAGCGCAGAAGUCAGAAAGAAGAAGAUGAGCAAGAAGAUCUUACCAAGGACAUGGAAGACCCAACACCGGUACCCAACAUAGAGGAAGUGGUGCUUCCAAAAAAUGUGAACCCAAAGAAAGACAGUGAAAACACACCUGUUAAAGGAGGAACUGUCGCAGAUCUAGAUGAACAGGAUGAAGAAACAGUCACAGCAGGAGGAAAGGAAGAUGAAGAUCCUAGCAAAGGUGAUCAGAGUCGCUCACUUGACCCUGGAGAAGAUAAUGUUACUGAGCAGACCAAUCACAUUAUUAUUCCUAGCUACGCGUCGUGGUUUGAUUAUAACUGUAUUCAUGUGAUUGAACGGCGUGCUCUUCCUGAGUUUUUCAAUGGGAAAAACAAAUCCAAGACACCAGAAAUAUACUUGGCAUAUCGAAAUUUUAUGAUUGACACAUAUCGCCUAAACCCCCAAGAAUAUUUAACCAGCACUGCUUGUCGGAGGAACUUGACUGGAGACGUGUGUGCUGUGAUGAGGGUUCAUGCCUUUUUAGAGCAGUGGGGGCUUGUUAAUUACCAAGUGGAUCCAGAAAGUCGACCCAUGGCUAUGGGACCUCCUCCUACUCCUCAUUUUAAUGUGUUAGCUGAUACCCCCUCUGGGCUUGUGCCUCUACAUCUUCGAUCACCUCAGGUCCCUGCUGCUCAGCAGAUGUUAAAUUUUCCUGAGAAGAACAAGGAAAAACCAAUUGAUUUGCAGAACUUUGGUCUUCGUACUGACAUUUACUCCAAGAAAACCUUAGCAAAGAGUAAAGGUGCCAGUGCUGGAAGAGAAUGGACUGAACAGGAGACCCUUCUGCUCCUGGAGGCUCUGGAGAUGUACAAGGAUGAUUGGAACAAAGUGUCAGAGCACGUUGGAAGUCGUACUCAGGAUGAAUGCAUCCUCCACUUUCUGAGGCUUCCUAUUGAGGACCCUUACCUUGAGAAUUCGGAUGCUUCCCUGGGGCCCCUGGCUUACCAGCCUGUCCCUUUCAGUCAGUCAGGAAACCCAGUCAUGAGCACUGUUGCUUUUUUGGCAUCUGUGGUGGACCCUCGUGUGGCAUCUGCCGCAGCAAAAGCAGCUUUGGAGGAGUUUUCUCGGGUCCGAGAGGAGGUACCACUAGAAUUGGUCGAAGCUCAUGUCAAGAAAGUACAAGAAGCAGCACGAGCCUCUGGGAAAGUGGAUCCCACCUAUGGCCUGGAGAGCAGCUGCAUUGCAGGCACGGGACCUGACGAGCCAGAGAAGCUUGAAGGGGCUGAAGAGGACAAAAUGGAAACAGAUACUGAUGGUCAGCAGCCUGAAAAGGCAGAAAACAAAGGAGAAAAUGAAACAGAUGAAGGUGACAAAGCACAAGAUGGAGAAAAUGAAAAAAAUAGUGAGAAGGAGCAGGACAGUGAAGUUAGUGAGGAUACCAAAUCAGAAGAAAAGGAAACUGAAGAGAACAAGGAACUCACUGAUACUUGUAAAGAAAGAGAAAGUGAUCUUGGGAAGAAGAAAGUAGAACACGAAAUUUCCGAAGGAAACGUGGCCACGGCCGCAGCAGCUGCUCUCGCCUCAGCUGCAACCAAAGCCAAGCACCUGGCUGCCGUGGAGGAGAGAAAGAUCAAGUCUCUGGUGGCCCUGCUGGUUGAGACACAGAUGAAGAAGUUGGAGAUCAAACUUCGACAUUUUGAGGAGCUGGAAACUAUCAUGGACAGAGAGAAGGAGGCUUUAGAACAACAGAGGCAGCAGUUGCUUACUGAACGCCAGAACUUCCACAUGGAGCAGCUGAAAUAUGCCGAACUGCGAGCCCGACAGCAAAUGGAACAGCAGCAGCACGGGCAAAACCCUCAGCAGGCACACCAGCACUCAGGAGGGCCUGGCCUGGCGCCGCUUGGAGCAGCGGGGCACCCCGGCAUGAUGCCUCAUCAGCAGCCUCCUCCCUACCCUCUGAUGCACCACCAGAUGCCGCCACCUCACGCACCCCAGCCAGGUCAGAUACCAGGUCCAGGUUCCAUGAUCCCUGGGCAGCCCAUGCCGGGCCGUAUGAUCCCCACCGUUGCAGCCAACAUCCACCCCCCUGGGAGUGGCCCAGCCCCUCCUGGUAUGCCUCCAAUGCCAGGAAACAUCUUAGGACCCCGGGUACCCCUCACGGCACCUAAUGGCAUGUAUGCCCCACCGCCGCCGCAGCCGCCACCACCACCGCCACCACCGCCCACGGACGGAGUCCCUCCGCCUCCUGCUCCAGGCCCACCAGCCUCCGCCGCCCCCUAGUCUGGAAGAGGCAGGCAGUGUCCAUGCCCGGCGCCAGCAGCUGCAGGGGGGAUGACGAGACUUGUGUUCCUCGGCUUCCUUGGGUUUCUUUUAGGAUUUUUCUUCUCACAGCCCCAAGCACGCAUCCCAUAUUUCCCCAUCCCCCUUGCCGGCCCUCUCCAUGCUCGGACACCUCCUGUGUCAGGUCCUCCGCCAGCACGCGAAGGGAAGCCUGUGGGGCCAGUGUGUCCUGGUCAUCCUCAUGGUAGCCUGUGUCCCCCUGUCCUGCUCUGGGGUGUACUGACCCUUUCUCUGCAGGUCCUGUCAACAUGAGAAGUUUAUGUCUGUUGU